AUGGCGAAAACCAAGCGUUGGUGCGACGUCGCGAGUUUGAGCCCACCAGACGGCAAAUUCAUGGAACGCAUGAAGACGGCAAUACAGUCAAUCAAUACCACUGCAGUGGAACAACGAGGACCACCCAUAAUCAUCCGCAUCAUGUUCGGAAACAUCAUCGGCAUGCCUGUCAAUUGCCAUGCUUUGAUCAGAGAGCUCGUGAGCGGCAUCCGGAAGGAUACCUGUAACAUUCAGUUGUGGGUCGGUGCAUGGCGCAGGGGGGUGUCAUGGAACCAUGCAAAGAUUAUCGCAGUGGAUGGCGUGCACCUCUUUCAAGGAGGGCAUAACCUGUGGGAUGCGCACUAUCUUCAGAAAAAUCCAGUACACGACCUCUCGAUGCAGGCCGCAGGGCGGUGUGCCCGCGACGGGCAUAUUUACCUGGACAAGCAGUGGAGCUUCAUCCAGAAAAUGCAGUCGAACUGUGUAGGGUGGUUUGUCGACAAGCUCCCCGACUGGCUGCCAACUCCCCUCCAGACCCGCGUGACAGUGAGCGAAUUCCCCGAGGGCAGGACGGCAGUGUUCCCCCCUGGAUACGCGAAGAGACGGAGCCGCGGGCCCCAUGACGUGCGCAUGAUCACCAUGGGCCGGUAUGGUUCGAUCCAAGGGGUGGGUCGUCCAAGGUUGCACAAGGCGCGCCCCUCGGACGACGCCUUCGUCGCAAUGUUCAAGGCGUCCAAGAAGUCCAUCCGCAUGGCUCUGCAAGACCUCGGGCCGCCAUGUGUGCCGGGGACUCUGAGGGUAGGGCUGGACAAGAUGGCGCUGCCCGGGACUGUCUGGCCCGCCGUGUAUCUCAAUGCCAUCGGCCAGGCGCUUAUGAAGGGGGUUCAGGUCGAGAUCGCACUGAGCACCCCUGGCUCCAUCCCUAACGACCUCAGCAUGACCGAGGCGUUGUAUGGGAAUGGUUGGGAGUGCAAUGACGUCGCAGCUGAGAUCAUAAAGGAGAUCAUCAAGAUGGGUCCCCACGACGUCGACGUGGAACAACAAGUCAAGAACAACCUCCGCAUAUGCUACAUCAAACAAGGCGGAAAGAACACUUGGAGAGAUGGCAAAGGUAUGGGGAUGCACGCGAAGCAUUUUAUCAUUGACGACAUUGCGUAUUACAUCGGCUCACAAAAUUUGUACAUUUGUGACCUGGCAGAGUGGGGUAUUUUGGUCGACGAUGAACAACAGACGAAGAGAGUCAAAGCCGAGUAUUGGACCCCGAUGUGGGAGGCCUCGUACAUUGAAGCUCCUGAUCGUGACUGGAACAUCGAAGCCGCGAUGGAUGGGAGUCGAAAGAGCAGAAAUGGCGGUUGUUGGAGUUGCCUGCCCAUGGCUGACAGGAGGGACGCGAUCAGGAAGGCUGCGGGAUGCCAAGGCAAUUCAAAUUUCCGCACGGCGCACUGA